AUGCACACCCUAACCAAUCUCCUCCGCUACCUUCCUCUCAUCGCCUUUUUUCAUCCUCCCGUCUCUGUUCUCGCACACACAUCCUCCCAAGCCCCUCUCACGUCACCCGAAAAAUGUCUCUCUUACUCUGCUACCUUCCUAACCCCCUACACCUCCGGCGCCCUCGAACCACACGCUUCUGCAAAACUCCCCGGCUUCUGCGAAGGGAUUGUUGAGCCUGUUGCCCUCCAUCCAAAUAUCGUUGAUGACUGGGGAUACGUUUAUGAUUUCAGUUCUGGGUGUGGAUGUGAUGGAGCGGGAGGUGAUGGGAGUGAAAGAUUCUGGGUAUAUUUCCCUGUUGAGAUCAACAGCAUUGAGAAAGAUGAACAAAAACACAUUUUCGAAUCCCCGGGCCAUGCAGACGAGGAACUCAAGAAGAACAAUCGAAAGAAGAAGUGCCAUGGUAAAAACGAGAAGAAAGAAGAAGAAAUGGAAAUAGAGAUCAUGGAGCCCUGGGUUCUACACGCGGAAGGAUGUGAGGAUAAUAGAGGAGAUGCGGAAAUCAACGGAGGACUAGGAACGUGUGAGGAGGGGAUUCUGAGAACGUGGCAAAUGGGGGUUAGUAGGGAGGAUUGGAGAGAGAUGAGAAGUGAUGGAGGAAUGGUUUGGAUUGUUGAGGGAUGGGAUAAGUGUGAGGAGUUGGAGGGGAGAUUGGGACAUGUGGGAGAGGAAGAGGAGGUGAUUGAAGAGGUGAUUGAAGAAGAGGUGAUAGAAUUUGAAGUUGAGUAUGAAAUCGAAGAGGAGAUCGAGUAUGACAUUGAAUUCGAAAUCGAAAUCGUAGAGGAGAGCGUGGACGAGGAUGAAGUUGAGCAUGAGCUUGAACUUGAGCUUGAAAUCGUAGAUGUAGAAGAUGAUGUUGAGGAGGAGGAACAGGAGAAAGUAGAGAUACUAGAUGUCGAACUUUAG